AUGUCGUCUCGACCUUCCGACACCAACAAUCCCUCCAUCACUCCGAGUCUAUCGGACGCUAGCUCACCUCAGCGCUUGCCCUUUCACGCACGCUUCGGUCGCCGUCCCAGGACUUCGACCAACUCCACCAACGGCAACCAAGCAUCCUUUGCUGCCAGCACCUCCAAUCUACUGCCUCCCUCUACUGGCGGCUCUAGCUUUUCCAACCUGAUCAGAAGCUCCUCCUCCUCGCAGGUCAAUCUACAUUCACCAGUUGCACCUCCAACCGAACAAGCCGCUUCUCGCCCAUCGCGAUUCUCGUUGCAGACCCGAGUCACCUCUCCCAACCUUGACAGGAUUCCACAAGGCACAAGCAUGCAGAACAGCACCAACAUGACCACCGCAAACAACCCUGGCGCCCAAAGCGGCAGCGGCAGCGCCCUCGGUCGCAUGUUUCGCAGAUACAGCCAGAGCGGCUCGGCUCGUGCCGAGUCUCAGCGACCUUCAACCCGCGAUCGCGAGCGCGAUUCGUUCAACAUGCCUCGAAACAUGAGCUCACCCGCUCUCGACAGGGACAACAGUAGUCCUAUGCGACCCUCCAACAACCCCGCCGUAGCUUCCCCUUCUAUUCCACGCUCUGGCUCGCAUGGCGUGGGUGACAUCAGCGCGGGAAUCGCCGGUUCUCGCACCUUGGCAUCUCUGCCGUCUGCUUCGGCAGUCACAUCUCCAGCAUCUCCCUCACCGGCAGCCGCAGCCACAACAGGUGCGCCUAUUGCCUCAGAAGACGUCAACACUGCAUCUCGGCUCAGCACCACCGUUCGCGAAGCUUCCUCGACCGAUCUAGCUUCUGCCGCUGUUGGCGGCUCUGCCUCCCCUGCUGGCUCACGUCCUCUCAAUGGUAUGCAUCGCAUUCGCCUCGUGCCGCAUCUCGAAGCCACUCGCUCGCUCCACUUUGAACCCAUCGAGCGCGAUCUCAAGGAAGGUGCACACGCCGUCAAAGUGGGCCGAUUCACCGAUCGACAACCUUCUCAACGCGAUCCUGUUGCCACAACGCUAGCUGGUGUCGCCAACGAAGCCAAUUCUUCCGGCGAAUUUGGCUCCGCAGCGGCAGCCCAUUCGAGUCGUGGCCAGCCUGGUGCUCGCGGCGGCGCCAUCCCCAUCAGUGGCAGUCACGGCGGCGGCGGUCGCAUCGACUCUGCUCGAAUCGCUUUCAAGAGCAAGGUGGUCAGUCGAGGCCAUGCGGAAAUCUGGUGUGAAUCUGGAGGAAAGUUCUUCAUCCGCGACACCAAGUCGUCUUCUGGUACCUUUCUCAACCACAUUCGCCUUUCGGGGCCCAACCUCGAGUCCAAGCCCUUUGCGAUCAAGGACGGCGACGUUGUCCAGCUAGGCGUCGACUAUCAGGGCGGCACUGAAGAGAUCUACCGUUGCGUCAAGAUGCGUGUCGAGCUCAACAGGGGUUGGCAACGCGAGGCUAACCAGUUCAACGUCAACGCUUUCCGCCAGCUGCGUGCGUUGCAAGGUACGCCCCUUUCCGCGACGAACACCGACGACAAGGGCAAAGCCGCGUCGGCUGCUCUGCCGACCAAUAGGCAAAGUGUCAGUGUGACCGAUUGCUGCAUCUGCUUGUUCUCAGUCACCGUCUGCCAGGCGCUCUUCAUUGCUCCGUGCUCGCACGUGUUUCACUACAAGUGCAUUCGGCCCUUGCUCAACCUGCAUCAUCCCGGCUUUUCGUGCCCGCUUUGCCGCACUUUUGCUGAUUUGGAUGCCGACGUUGAAGAGGACGAGGCGUGGCAGGAGGCGCUCAUGCAAGAAGCUGCCGCCGCCGAGGCACGUCUGGCGCAGGGCAAGCAGCCGCUCGAGGUGGGCACUCCGGGCGUGGAACUCGAUGCACCCAUCAGUGCUAGCGUGCCACCUACACUGACCACUGUGAUGCUCAAUGGCACCAUCAGCGGGGGUGAAGUGGCUUCUCCGACCAGUGCGAGCAACACUAACGCUGCAUCGUCCAGAUCGCCGCUCGGCUCGGCUGCCUCGCCUUUGUUGGCUGAUCUGCAAGCUGGGCAUGCAGCUACGAACGGUGCCGUUGGGCGUGGCACCGCCGCCUUGAGUAAACGCAAGAACGACUGGGCACGCCCUGAUACUGCCGUCGGAUCGAGUGCCGGGCCAUUGGCGGGCGACGAGACGUUUGCUGUAGGUGAUAACGCAGCCGAGGGCGUGAACCUGUCGGGAGAGUUGGGCGAGAUGGUGAUCACUGAUCGCUUGUUGAACGAGGAUGCGGCUGCUGGUGCUGAUUCCACUGCGCUGUUCCACCGCUCCGGCCAUGGGGUGAGUGAAACUGGCUCGCCCAUUCGCCGAGGCUCCGGACCCAUCGCGAUUGGUGGCAGCGAGCGCACCUUGCACGCGCACAGGGCGACGCCAUCGUCGUCGAGCAUGGCAGUGCACGCCAUUCUGGGCAGUCUGGAAGAAGGUUGGCCCCCUGUCGGUGCCGCCGGUGGCUUCUCUCCCGGUCUAGAAGAGUCUGGGACACCCCUCAACACCACUUUUCUCAGCACACUAGCCGAGGCUCCGCAUGCAGGCACUACCAACACGUCACCCCCUUCCGUGCGGGAUUUUCCGCCAGGCCGAUCGGCACCGGCCCAAACAGUAGUGCCGGCGUUGGUUCCAGGAGGCACGAGCCGGGUCCGACUCGGUGACAGUGACGCGAACGAGGCGCAUGCUAACGACAUUCGAGGCGAACGCGCAAAGCGGUCGAGCGAUGGAGGAGAGGAUGUUGACACGGCUGAGGAGGAGAUGGGAGGUGGUCCGGGGAUCGGCUCUCACUUUGGCCAUGCAAGCGCGACUGGACAGGCCAAAGGCAAGGCGAAGCUGGAUGCAAAGCCGUUGACGAUGGGAGGCGAUGCUGCUGCGCAUGAUUUGGCGUUGGGUGGGGAUGGAUCUGUCAAGCUACCGCUUCAGGUGAACACGCAUGCUUCGCCUUCCUCUGCCAGUGUUGGCGCCAACAAGUCGAGCGGCGUCGCGCGUGGUCGAAGUCGCAGCCGUAGUCGAGGCGGCAGGGAAGCUGUGCCGAGCGAUUCGGACGACCAGGAAGCGGCGCCCUUCCAGUCGUACGAGCUUCCACCUGUGCCCCGGACGGGUCCCAAUCUUAGUUCGAGCGCAUACCUGUCUUACCAGCAUCACCAACAGAGCCCGGGCAUCAACGGCGGUGGCGGUGGCGGUGGCGGUGGGAGUGGAAGGCAGGUGAGCGGCGAUCGCAGCGGCGGCAAUCAUGGUGAGAGCGCAUCUUCCCCUGCCUCGCCGGCCUCGGAGAGCAAAAUGGCUCGGUUCAAGAGACGUAUCUCACAUGCUAUAUGA